AUGCCCGAGUGGACAACCGACCCCAGCAUUGAGGACAUCACAACCCUCGUGCGACGAGAGCUGAAGAUCCCGACUCCAGACCCAUGCAACAACUUCGACAAGGAUUACACCGUCACAUGUGGCCGCGGCCAAGAAUACAUCCUGCGUCUAACCGUCCCUGUCGACGCACGAUCAAAGACUAUGAGCGAGGUGGCUACUAUCGAGUACAUCCGUCAUCACACUGAGGUUCCAGUACCACAGGUCUUCUGCUACCAGGCUAGUACCGACAACGAACUUGGACUUGAGUGGAUACUCAGGGCGCGUAUGCCCGGCCGCAAGCUGGGUGAUGAGUGGGAGGGUAUAGACUAUUUCAAGAAAGAGCAGUUAGUGCUUAAGAUGGUCUCCGUCUACGCACAGCUCUUCCAACAGCGAUUCAACGAACUGGGAAACCUGUACCCUGCGAAUGAACUCCCCCAUUUACGUACGCCAGGCCUAGACGAUAUCGCCUUACUUACACUAGAAGCCUCAAUCCUCUCUCAGCAUGUCGGCCUAGGCAAGAUCGUCUCCGCGCCCUUCUUCUGGGGCGCACACAUCGACCACAACGUCCCGCGCGGUCCUUACAAACGCAGUCAAGACUGGCUUACCGCACAACUCCAACUCAGCCUCCUUGAUCUUGACGACGAGUCCAAGCUUGAAACUUCCGACGAAAUCAAGCGCUCGAUAUACCAAAAUAUCAUCGAUUCUUAUCCCGGCGAGCCUGACGAAGCGGCUACCGCCAUAUGGAAGAAACAAAUCGAUAGAAUAAAUACAGAUCCGCACCUUAAGUAUGCCCGUGGAAAGGUCGAAGAAGCUAAGCAGCGAGCGCAGCGCCUACUUGAUCUCAUACCGAAGGUUUUUCCUGAGCAGGCGGAGGAAGAGGUAUUCGUGCUCCACCACCAAGACCUCCACGCAGCCAACAUAUUCGUCGACUCCAACGGCUCCUUAACCGGUAUCUUCGACUGGGAAUGCGCGCACACCGCCCCCUUAUGGCUCGCAUGCCAAUUACCCUCAUUCCUAGACUUGACCGACUCCACCGCAGCAGUGUUCGCCUACCUCAACAUCGAAUAUGUUAAUGAGGAGUACAAAACGCAAGUAAAGCUUCAACAGUUUUUUCCUGGAAGAGAUGCAACGGAUCUGUCCGGAAUGGGUCGAUGUACAUGA